UUGGGAAUACCAAGAAAUCACUUUUAAGAAUGGAGUCAUUGACCCCAGAUUUAUAUGACUUUCAAAACUCUGGAGGAGCCCUCGUCUCUGAGUUCUUCUUUCAUCUCUUCAGCUGGAUUUUGUGUGAUUAUUCCAACACCAUCGCGUUUUUCUUCACUUCCAAUCAAUUUCUCACCCAACUUCGUACCGGUUAAGAAUGGCCCUCAUCAUAAUCUGAGCAAAAAAAUCUCUGCUAAUUAACCGCAUUCGAUUACUCGUGUGGGAUUUUGCUUCCUUCCUUAGGAAAUCCAAUUUGUCUGUGAUUGAUUGAAGACGUUUCGAUAUGGCUGGAGUGGGAGAUCAAUUAGAGAUCAAGUUUCGAUUGAACGAUGGAUCGGAUAUUGGCCCCAAAACCUUCCCUGCUGCUACAAGCAUCGCAACCUUGAAAGAAAGCGUUCUUGCACAAUGGCCAAGAGAAAAGGAGAAUGGUCCAAGAACAGUAAAGGAUGUGAAGAUAAUAAGUGCUGGAAGAAUCUUAGAGAACAACAGAACACUUAAUGAUUGCAGAAGCCCAUUAUAUGACAUUCCUGGCAGUGUUACAACCAUGCAUGUUGUUAUCCAACCACCAAGCUUGGAGAAAGCAGAAAAGAAAGCUGGAGACCAAUCACCACAAAACAAGUGUGUUUGUGCCAUACUAUAAACGGAACUUGUGGAAGUUCUCGACGACGCCGCCGCCAUUUUUGAGUGCAUAAAAAUAGCAAAUUUUCCUUUUAAAAGUUCUGAUGCCAAUAACAGCUUGGAAUCAGUUGAAGAAGCUUAUUCUGGAGCUUUUAUUAUUGUUUCCACAGUAGUAAAAGAAAAAAGAAACAGACAGAGGUAGCGAAGAACGCGAAGAAGAUGGAUAAUUUAUCGACACAAGCCAGUAGUGUUGUAGAUCAACCCAUGGCAGUUGAAUAUCUAGAUGAUGAUCUAUUAUGAAGGAUUGUUAGCCUUUUCAACAUCCAUUGUUAGCUUCAUUUGUUGUUUAGAUUGAUUUUCUGCUAUCUCAAAUGUUUGUGGAGAAAGCUUUAUAUACUUGAAGUUGCAGUUACCCCCAACUUCAUGACACUUUACUCCUUCCUUCCCAAACAAAAUGAUAAUAUUUCUUUCAUUUUCUUUC